CACGGCAUGGUUAGAGGAACUAAAAAGCGCAGCCAACUACGUAAGAUAUAUCAAGCCACCAAUACUACCUACCUAGGUAUUUAUCUGCGGUCUCAGACACGGUCCGCUCUAUAUAGACCAACUACCUACUUCCACAACAAAACACUUUUCGGAACAAAUAAUACAGUGUGCUGUCGUUUACAAAGAUCUGCUUAGGCUUGAAGAUACUAAGCAUCUUCUUGAAUUGGCCCGUCUCGUUUUUCCUCGCAAGGCUCCACAAGUUGACUCGCAAUUUGACGAUGUCGUCAGGCGAGGCUAUUACGCUCCUACUUAUCACACGCAUAUUCAUCGUGCUCCUGUUUAUCGCGUCCCUAUUCGUCACAUUAAUCCUUAGGUGUGGAACUCUCGCUAUUGUCAUCUACAGGAUCUACCAACCAUCAAUACCUUCCGACCCCUCCCAUCCUCUUAAUACUGGUGAAUGGCCGGGUCUUCCUGGUCCCAGAGGUCCCGAAGGCUGUGACAGUUCUGACGGUAAUGUCGAUCAUGACGGUCGUGAUGGUCGUGGUGGUUGUGACUGUCUUGGUGGUGAUCCUAGACCUCGGGGGCCUCAGGGACCGCCAGGACCCCCUUGUCCUUGUCCUUGUUCUCCUUAUCCUCCCUAUCCCCCCGGUCCUACUGGUCCUACUGGUCCCACAGCUGAACCGGAUCCUGGUAGUGGGGAUAAGAGAGGCCAGGGCAACCAACAGGGUGCGACCCCACCGUCGCCGCCGUGGAACACCCGAUACCCCAUCCCUGGGCAACGGCGUUUAAUAGAAUGCCCUCGUUGCGGAACCCUCAACAAAUAUUGAUAUAACAAGAAUCACUCACUUAAUUGCGCCUCGCGGAGGACGAAAAUGACUAUGGGGAUCGCAGAACAUGGGAGAUUUAUAAUAGUUUUCGCGGGAUCUUAAAAGCCAGGUAUUUUCUAAGCUUGUGAAAAGAUGAUUUCAAUUAACGAA